AUGACAGACUUGGAAGAGCACUUGUUUGGGAUUCCAUUGUCGACGCACCGGGACCGAUCGAUCCAACAUGGUCCAUUCCCGUACGAAUUGUGGAUUGCCGCCAUUUCCAUUGCCUUUUGUCGAAUCACAAUUUAUACCAAAAACGACCAUUCGAAAUGGAUCUUUGCGGGAGUCUUGGGGUACAUGGCCUAUGAGAGCAUGCCGUAUGAAUACAUUGUGGGUGUCGAACUCUUUUCCUACGUUGUGCCUUUGGUGAUGAAUUAUACUGGUGGUGGGAACAACAACAACAAGUCCCAAAAGAACCCGCCUACGACGGAACAAAAAUUGGCCAUUCUUGGUGCUUGUGGAGCCUUGUGUUGGUCCAUUUGUCAUUCUGCCGGUAAUGGAGCUUUGUUUCGAUGGUUGAGCUUGGUGACUCCGUCCUUUGUCAAGUCGAGUCUUAUGGCUUUGUUUCCUGUCGAAGAGAUUCGGGCAGCUUACCACAUUAUCGAUCAAUUCGUUUGGGAGCCAGGUCUUUUGCAGCAUCAAGUCUCACGACUCUUCUUCAUCACCUUUCACAUUCAAUGCGGGAUUGGAUACUUGGGAAUUGACUUUUUGAAGGCCGAACAAGAACGACGAAAUCAAUUGGUCCGAAUGGACUUGAAAGAUGACGGCAUCAAGAAGAAAAAAGACAGUAAGCAAUCAGAAGCCUUGCUGAAAAAGUCACGAAGCUUUCAAAAGUCAGCUGCUCCUUUUAUUUUCUUUGUGGCCGUCCCGUACAUGAUCAAAAUCAUUGCCUUUGGCAAUUUGAAUGCUUUUGCGUUUGCAUGCUUCAACAAUGAUGUCCAUCGCGCCGUCCGAUUGCAUGAUCUCUUUGAUCAUGAAAACAAUCUAGUGGCAUUGGCCAGUCACUCGGCCAAGUCUCCUGCUGACUAUGCCGACUACAUGAGCGUGGUAGUCUCAACGACCUAUGACCUAUUCAAUCGCAAACUGUUCAGCUUGCCCAAGGUCAUGUUGUUGCCCAUGAUCAUUAUGAAGCAACCCAAAAUGUUGGCACAGCUCUUUCCAAUCAUCUUUGUGACUGAUUGGAUGAAAGGCCGAGCAGUAGCCUAUAUGACAACGCGCAUUGAACAAUUGGAAAAGGAUACACAAAAGAUUAUUUCUAUGCGAUCCAAGGUGGAAUCGUUUGAUAUCAAGAAUGCAGAACUAUUACAGCGUGCUGGUGGUGGUGCUACAGACUUCACUCGACGUCGAUGGGAGGAACUGACCGAACAGAUACAAGUCAAGAACAUUGCCAAGGAUUUGACGGCUCGGACCAAGGGAUUCUUCGCCUGGAUAGAGCGAAACUUUGUCUUUUCUGUUUUGAUUGAUUGUGCCUUGGCCCACUUGAUUGCAGUUGGCAGGUUGGUGUCAGCUGAUAUUUUUGUCUUUUCGCGAGCCAUUGAGGAUGCUGUGGACACGGUUUUGAUGAAAUCUCGAUCGGAAGCCGAGCUAGCUCGAAUGAUGACACAAAUCGACAACCUAAAAGAAAUUGCAAGUGUGUGGGAGAAUGCCCAGUCCCGCAAUCUGGUGGACUGUAAUCUUCCACCUGCGAGAAGUCUUGCAGCGAUUGAGCGCGGCGAUCCAGAACGAUCCAUGGUGGUGAUCCGGAACCUGCUGUAUUCUCGGGGUACUGCGAUGGUAAGGGUGGAUCACCUUGAGUUGGAUGCUGGAAUAUACGCUUUAACGGGUGGGAAUGGAAGUGGAAAGAGUACACUUUUUCGAGUUAUCAUGGGCUGCUCUUCCAAUGAAAGAGGGAUAGAUUUGCCACCAAGCAUCGUGCUCUCCACACCCUUGGAACCAUUAGUAGAAGAAGAUGAUAUCGAACGUGAACAAUUAUGCGAAUCUGCUGAAGUCGCAGUCGAAAGCGAACAGGAGCCGAGCGAGGUAGCUGAGAAGCCUUCUGCAGACAUCCAAGAAGUACACCCACGGUUGUCCAUUACAAUGCCGUCGUCCGACGUCGUGGAAAUCAGUCAAACAUUCUAUUGGCCUUUGUAUACCAAGCCAAUUGAUUGGAUUUAUCAAGAAUACGGAAUGGGCACAGUGGACGAGGCUGAAUUGCAAAACCGAGUUCGCAGAGUGGCCGAAGAGCUGGAUGCGUUGGAAUUCGCCCAAGCCCCAAUCGAGAGCGACCAAAACACAACCUCUCUUGAGGCGAGUACCAUGGCACCAUCUGCAGAUAUUGUCGGUGGAAUCAUGGAUCAACUGGUAGAAGAGAAGGAAGAUUGGUUCGGCGAUCUUUCUGGUGGACAACGAAGUAAGGUGGAGUUGGUUCGAAAGGUCUUCCUCCAAGAGCAAUGUCCUGGAGUCCUGCUAAUUGAUGAAACCAUGGCACCCCUUGACCCCAAGUCAAAGUCGUUGGUCAUGGCAAAAAUCAAGGCAUUCUGCGCUGGAAGUGUUGUAAUUGUCAUCUACCACACAGACGUUGGGAGAGAAACGGAUGGAGAAGGAGGAGAAGCCGUCGAGUGCGUCCCCAGCAACGACUUCUUCGAUGGAAAUCUCCAUGUCGAAAACAAAAUACUUCAUCUUAGACCAGUAUGCUAG